AGACAGAUGGGGGCAACCCUAUCCGGUUUCACAUGCUACAAAUAUCCUCCAGGGGCAGUUACACUGCAGGGGUAUUAGCCAAUAAGCACAGGUUGCAGCAGUGAAGUGUCACUGUCCUCACAGAAGUAAAGAGACAAGAACUUCUCUGCAGACAUGAGUCAAGUCUUGGACAUUGAGCACUGUGAUCUGAACAUUAAGAGUAACAACAGCAGCCAUCAUACAGAGCGGUAUGGAGAGGAGUGUUUGAUCGUCAGGAGGGGAGAUCCAUUUAUCAUCAUUUUACAUCUGAAACCUGGCAGCACGGAGUUCAAACUGGGUGAAACCAGCUUCACACUCAUUGUAGAAACUGGUCCGCUACCCAGGAAAGAAUCAGGCACAAAGGUUUCCUUCAGUCUAAGUGACUCCACAGUUGACACUGAAUGGAGCGCAUCUGUUAAUGAUCCCUCUGGAAACACAGUGUCUGUGUCUAUCAGCUCAUCCCCCAAUAGCCCCAUAGGAGUUUAUUCUCUGACUCUGGACCAGGAGGGGCAGAAGACCAGUUUAGGACAGUUCACCCUACUUUUUAAUGCUUGGUGCCCCAAGGAUGCUGUUUACAUGCGCAGUGAAAUGAAGAGGCAGGAGUAUGUUUUGGCACAACAUGGGCAGAUCUACAGGGGAACACAUAAACGCAUCAAAGGGACACCCUGGAACUUUGGACAGUUUGAAGCAGGAAUUCUGGAUAUCUGUCUGAAGAUCCUGGAUGAAAACCCCAAAUUUGUGUCUGAUGCCGACAAGGACUGCUCUGCCAGGAGAAAUCCCAUCUAUGUGUCCAGAGUGCUGAGUGCCAUGAUCAACAGUAAUGACGACAGAGGUGUACUGGUAGGACAGUGGGAAGAGUUUUCAGGUGGGGUUCAUCCAGGACAGUGGAUCGGCAGCGGGGACAUUCUGCGCCAGUGGGCAGAAAGCGGCCCCGUCCGCUAUGGCCAAUGUUGGGUCUUUGCUGCUGUUGCCUGCACAGUGUCCCGAGCCCUGGGCAUCCCAUGUCGAGUGGUUACUAACUUUGGGUCAGCUCACGAUACAGACGCUAACCUAGUGAUAGAAAACCUGUAUGAUGAAAAUGGCGAAAGAAUUUCUGAAGAUUCGAUAUGGAAUUUCCAUGUUUGGGUGGAUAGCUGGAUGACUCGUCCAGACUUGGGGUCUGAGUAUGAUGGAUGGCAAACCAGUGACCCAACCCCGCAGGAGACAAGUGAUGGUGUUUUCUGUUGUGGACCGGCCUCACUGAGAGCCAUCAAGGAAGGAGAGCUGACCAAGAAGUAUGACUCUCCCUUUAUUUUUGCUGAGGUUAAUGCAGAUGUUGUGGACAUGGUGCGUCUGUCGAAUGGACAGUUUGUCAAGUUCCGUGGGUCAACUAAGUCUGUUGGACGCUUCAUCAGCACCAAAGCUGUGGGCUCAGAUGAGAGACACGACAUCACACACCAGUACAAGUAUCCAGAAGGCUCAAAGGAGGAAAGGCAAGUGUAUGAGAAGGCCCAGCACCACAACAAGCUACAGCAACGAGGAGAAGAGCCGGGGCUCCAUCUGAAGAUCAAGCUUUCUGACAACAUGAUGGUGGGCUCAGACUUUGAGGUGUACGCUAUCCUCACCAACAACGACAUGGAGGCAAAAACCUGCAACUUCCUGUUUUUCGCCAAAGCCGCCAACUACAAUGGAAAACUGGGAGACAGCUGCGACUAUGCCUCAGAAAAAGUGGAGGUGCCCCCUGGAGAAGAAAGGCAGCUGUCCCUCAAACUUGACUAUGACAGCUAUGGAACGGUGAUCACCUCAGACAGGUUGAUCCUAGUGUCAGCUAUCACCAUUGACAAGCAGACAGUUGACUACCACAAGGCUGAGAAGACCAUUGUGUUAGAUGAGCCAGACAUAAAGAUCAAGCUGUUGGAAGAAGCCGUAGUGAACCAGCCUGUGACAGCAGAGCUGACCUUGUUGAACCCUUUACCAGAGCCGCUGCAGGACUGCAGUUUCACCAUAGAGGGGGUCGGCCUCACCAGCAGCAAACCCAUAACAGCGAAGGCUGGAGCUGUGGGCCCAAAACAGGAGGCCAAAGCCACUGUUGAGUUCAGUCCCAGCAGCGUUGGCACCUGCGUGCUGCUGGUGAACUUUGACAGCAACAAACUGAGGAACAUCAAGAGCCUUGUCAACGUUGUUGUGAAGGACUGAGCCAAUCUGACAACAGUAACAGCUUUUUUAUGUUGUUGUGUAACUGGAGUGGAGUGGCUGAAGUUUAUGGGGCUACCCUUGGCAUACAGGCCAUAGACUUCAUUUCUAAUCUACUUAUUAUUUUCAUCCACUUGUUAUACUAGAAUAUACUAUGCUAUUAUGUCAUCCAAAACAGUAACUUGAUUCACAUCCACUAAUCAUUAUGUACAUUGCUGAUGUAGUAAGCUAUGAUAGAAUAAAUAACUCACACAUCUGUUUUACAUGAAUGAUUAAUAAGAUUGUUUUCUCUUUGACUGGUUAGAUUUAAAUGUCACAAUAAAAUUACUGCCACAAUAGAUGUGAUUAUAACAAGCGUUUGUUUUGUUUUGUUUUGUUUUGAGGGAGCAGCUUUCUCGUUUCUUUUUAGGGAAAAUGUUGUUGAUUAUGCAGAAAGAAAAAUGAAAAUAAAAUUUUGAAGUACA